CUGACAAUCAUUUAGUCUGGAUGGUGCUGGAUAGCUCUUUCUUGCAUAGUGUAGCCAGGUGGUUGGAAAGUAUAAUUACUUGUUUUAAGAUGUUUAACAAGAAAAAGGAAAACAAAACAUCCACAUACCCUGGAGGCACAUACAACCACUCUAGACUAUUGUAGAGUUUAGCAUAAGUGCCUCCUGCUCUUCAUACCAACAGCAUGAGCUUCUCCCAAUGGCCUUGCCUAUGAUUUAUCUCUGCCACCCUCAUACUUCCCAAAGCUUUUACACGUGAGAAAGCUGAUUAUGUCCUACACAUGAAUCUUUGAGCUUUGUCCAGGUCUGCUUAGGCCCGCUCAUGUAUGAGUAGUGCGUGUGGCUGUCUUAAGAACACACAUGUACGGAAUGCAUGCAUUCCUUCUCACAAUCACCACACUCAUUCCCCUUUUCAUUCCUGGCCACAGCCCAGUCUCCGAUUCAAGGUCUCCUUCAAAUCGCACCACAUAUGACACUUAGCUAGUUCGCCUACUUUUUAAAUGACAGGAAAAUAGCUUCCAUCGACCGGGUGCCCUCCAGCUGCCUCGGACUAUGACUCUGCCCCCCGGUUUGGAGAAGGUUGCAACUCCUAAGCCAGACGCACGCCAUGAUACAGGCACCUGCACGGAGACAAAGAGCCUUCGCUCUCCGCCCCUGGAGAAGCGCGGAUCCAAAUCCCCGCGCGCUUAAGCGGCUGCCCUGCGGUUGCGAAGGCUCCUUCCAGCCCUCCCGUGGCUCCGAGGCUGACGCUCCGCCGGGCACCGGCGCAGAAAGAGGUUCCCGCGGGGGAUCGGGCUGGGUGGGGGUUCCCCCUGUUUGCCGUAGGAGCAGCGCUGGGCUGAGGCGCCCCGGAGUUUUUAUUCCGAAGGAGGUGGAGCUUCCCUGAAAUCUCCCUCGAUGGACUUGGGGAAAGAAAGCCCCCUUUUCUUCGGAAAUCGCGGCGUGCGUGGCGAGAGAGUGCGCGCCACCUCCAAUUAGCUCUCCGAGCUCGGCUUCUCGCCGCCGCGGCGCCCAGCGCUUUAUGCCCGGCUGGUGCGUGGGUCACAGCGGCGCUUGAGCGAAGAAACACGUACCGUCAAGGGAACCAGGGAGAGCGCGCCUGCUCUGCCGCCCGCCCGCUGGGCCGGGGCUACGAUUAGGACUCAGUGGCGGAUUGGUCUCUCCGGCUAGCCGGCGCUCGGCGACUUGUUGAGAGGCGCCUCUCUCCCCGUUGCUCUCCCAUGGAGGAGGACGUUCUGGACACACUCGAGGACAUGGCGUCGGUGCAGGACUUCGACCCUCUCACGGGCAGCAUCCCUGCCACCAAAGUGGAGAUCACGGUCUCCUGCAGGAAUCUUUUGGAUAAAGAUACAUUCUCCAAGUCUGACCCAUUGUGUGUGCUGUAUACUCAGGGCAUAGAGACCAAACAGUGGAGAGAGUUUGGCAGGACUGAAGUCAUUGACAACACCUUGAACCCCGACUUUGUGCGGAAGUUCAUCCUUGACUACUUUUUUGAAGAGAAGCAGAAUUUGCGCUUUGAUCUUUAUGAUGUGGAUUCCAAGAGUCCUGACCUAUCCAAACAUGAUUUCCUUGGUCAAACAUUCUGCACUCUGGGGGAGAUUGUCGGAUCACCAGGAAGUCGCUUGGAGAAGCCUUUGAUGAUGGGAGCAUUUACAUUGCAUUCCAAAACUGGGAAGCCUAUGCCAUCUGUCUCCAAUGGAGGAAUUCCAGGGAAAAAAUGUGGCACCAUCAUUCUGUCAGCUGAAGAACUGGGCAACUGUAGGGAUAUAGCCACAAUGCAGUUCUGUGCCAACAAGCUGGACAAGAAAGACUUCUUUGGGAAAUCAGACCCUUUUAUGGUGUUCUUCAGAAGUAAUGAAGAUGGAACAUUUACCAUCUGUCAUAAAACUGAAGUGGUGAAGAACACUCUGAAUCCAGUAUGGCAGUCAUUCGCUAUCCCUGUGCGAGCCUUGUGCAAUGGAGAUUAUGACAGAACCAUAAAAGUAGAAGUGUAUGACUGGGAUCGAGAUGGCAGUCAUGACUUCAUUGGAGAGUUUACAACCAGCUAUAGAGAACUGGCACGAGGACAAAGCCAGUUUAAUGUCUAUGAGGUGGUAAAUCCCAAAAAGAAAAUGAAGAAAAAGAAAUACUCUAAUUCAGGAACAGUAACAUUGCUGUCAUUUGCCACAGAAUCAGAACAUACGUUUCUAGAUUACAUCAAAGGAGGGACACAGAUCAAUUUCACAGUGGCCAUUGAUUUCACAGCUUCCAAUGGCAAUCCUUCUCAGUCUACCUCCCUUCAUUACAUGAAUCCAUACCAGCUCAAUGCAUACGCCAUGGCACUGAAGGCUGUUGGGGAGAUCAUCCAGGACUAUGACAGUGAUAAAAUGUUCCCAGCGCUUGGGUUUGGAGCCAAGAUUCCCCCCGACGGGCAUGUGUCUCAUGAGUUCCCUUUGAAUGGCAACGGUGACAAUCCUCACUGUAGUGGAAUAGAAGGAAUCCUUGAAGCCUAUCACCAGAGUCUCAAGACUGUGCAGCUCUAUGGCCCAACUAACUUUGCACCAGUGGUUAACCACGUCGCUGGAUAUGCUUCAGCUGUGCAGGAUGGCUCCCAGUAUUUCAUUUUGCUCAUCAUCACGGAUGGUGUGAUAUCAGACAUGGCUCAGACAAAAGAAGCAAUUGUCAAUGCUGCCAGAUUUCCAAUGUCUAUAAUAAUUGUGGGUGUUGGACAGGCUGAAUUUGAUGCAAUGGUGGAAUUAGAUGGAGAUGAUGUUCGGAUCACAUCUCGUGGAAGGACUGCUGAACGUGACAUUGUCCAGUUUGUACCAUUCCGUGAUUACAUUGACCGCACAGGAAACCACGUCUUGAGUAUGGCACGGCUGGCUAAGGAUGUGCUGGCUGAGAUUCCAGAUCAGUUCAUCUCCUACAUGAAGGGGCGUGGCAUCAAGCCUAAUCCAGCUCCACCUCCUUACUCCCCCUCAAGCCACACCCUUCAAACCGAAAUCUGAAGAUCGGGCAAAGAAAAGAGCAAUUUUAGAGAGAGAGGCAUCGAAACACCGGUCACUCUUUGGUGUCUGCCUAUCUGUUUUCUGGGGCCCGAGAUCCAGGCAGUAUCAACACCAGAAUAAGAAAAUCCACAGUGUUCUCUUUCCAAAAAGUUCAUAUUGAGAACUGUUUAUGCUGAAAUGUUGACACAACAAUAUGUUUAACUCGUAGACAUUUCCAUUUGGGAAACAGCAAAAAUGGGAGGGGGUAUUUUUUAAAAAGGACACACUCAAUCAUUGGUAAGCAUCCUCAUUUCCUUUCAGGAAAGUAACCAAGAUGGAGUCUAGUUUGCCUUCAGGAAGUUACAUGAGUAAUUUUGCUUAUGGUAUGUGUGAUGGAUUUCCAUAAAUCUUCCAAGCAUCCCUUUCCCCGCCUCCUUCCAGCUUUGAGAAGUUUUGAAUUAUUGGGAAUUUUUAUAGCCUGUGUAUCAUCUGCCUGCCACAUAUUAGGCCUUCUGUCUUUCCUUUGUAACAGCUCAACUUCUGGAUUGACUUGGCAGGCUAACUAUUGUGAUUGAGUAUCUGUUUGAUGUCAUGUUGAUGCUGCUACUAGUUCUUGUACUAAACCCCAUCCCUAGCUUGCCCAAUUCCCUUUAUUGUUUGUAAAUCUGCUUUGGCAAUAUUUGUGCAGGCUUGGAUUGUUAAUUAGUAGGUCUUAAUGCCUCCCUUAAGUCCCUUUUUAAAUUUUUCUAAAGCUUUGGUUUCCAGUAUCUACCUGGAAACUAAUUUCUCUCUUGCCUUUGAUAUCUGACAUUUCUGUGUGGGGCAUUAAUGACGAAUUUGGAACAUCAGAGAAGAAAAUUAAAACUGAGCCUGAUUUGUUUGAAUACCUUAUGGUGGUUUUGCCUAUCAGGUUAGCAAUAUAAAACAUUAACAACAGUCUACUCAUUCAGAGCAAAUGAGAGCUGCCACAUGAAAACAUAAAACUGUCCAAAUUUCAUAAUUUGCAAAUGCAACCCAGUACAGAGUUCCAGCAAUUUCUCAGCUGUUCCAUUCUUUUCUGGAGAAAGUAAAAUCAUAGAGUUUGAAGGGAUCAUGGAAGUCUUCAACCACCUGCCUUAAAGCAUCCCGAAGGUACUUUUUCAAGAGGCAACUGGACUUUCUUGUUUUUCUUUGAAGAUGUUUCACUUCUCAUCGAAGUUUCUUCAGCUCUGACUGGAUGGUGAGGAAUGGAAGGUUUUAUAUUCCUUGCAGACAGCAGAACAUUUAGACAGAAAUCUUCACAUGAUCCCUGAUAAAUGGCUGCAGGGAUGGAGACCCCAUGAGCCCCAUUAUACUUAUCCAGGCAGAUAUUCCAGUCCUAUCACUAAGACCAGAAUGAAAGGCUAUUUGGAUUCUGCUCAUGAAUAAUUCCCUCAAUGGCAGCAGGUAAACUUCCUCUUACUCAUAAUUGUUUGCCCAUCUUGAGACUCCUUCCAGCUCUUCAGACCCAAUUUUUGCAUUGCUAUUAUUAUCUAACUAUACAACCACUCUGGUAGUUGAUGUUCUCUUUCCAUAGGAGAGCUAGCUAGAGAACAGUUCCCUCUCCAAUGAUGGUACCUAAAUUAUUCCCAGAAGGUAGGAAGGAGAAAGACAGAAAUCAGAAAUGAAAUCAAAGAUUAUGCUAUGUUCCUUCUCAGGGUUAAGUGCAAGAAUUGAAGCUUCUGAGGACUUGAACACAUUGAUUAUAUAGGCCAAUUAAAAAAAUUAUGGUGAAGUCUCCACUUUCCAAAUGUUGAUUCUCAUUUGGCAAAGGAUGUACUACUUUGCUUAAUUAUUUGCAGCAUCUCAAAUAUUCCACCACCAUCCCUUUUAACUGACUGCUUUGUAGAAGUUCAAAGAAGGUCUACUUCAAGAAUUCACUCUUUGAAACUUUCUGAUCUGUUAAUAAGAUUUGCAUUGCAGCUGGCUGGUAUUUUGCUCAAUUAUAGGAGAGUGAAAGUGUAUUAAGCAGCAGCUGAGCAAUUAUGCCCAGCUGUCUCCUUCAGAGAUAAUACAAGUGAUACAAGUUGCAAGGCACUUCUUGUUCUACAAUUAAUUUGUUUAGGGUUAAUCAAAAUUUAACUAAAGGUAGUCUCAAAGGUGCUUUUUCAGGAGGUAACUGGACUUUCUUGUUUUUCUUUGAAGACAUUUCGCUUCUCAUCCAAGAAGCUUCUUCAGCUCUAACUGGAUAGCGGGUAAUGGAAGGAUUUAUAUUCCUUGCAGAUAGCUGGUCAUUUGCAUUCUUUUAGAGAGUCGCUGAGGCCACUUGAAGGUUUAUCUAUGUCCUCAAGAUCACCUGAGAGGUGCAAGUGGAGCCUUCUUGGAACUGCUGAAAGGACUGUGUUGUAGAUGGAGAUAGAUGAUGUUGUAUCCCUCCCCCUCUGUUGAGAAAAGGCUGUUCAAUUUUGACGAUGUUGAAAAAGUGUCUUGGAUGAGAAGUGAAACGUCUUCAAAUAAAAACAAAGUUCAGUUGCCUCAUGAAAAAGCACCUUUGAGACAACCAUGACCUGGAUGACUGAGAAUCACCAUAGACAUUCACUUAACUAAAGGUAGUUAACAUCUUAGGUGUUCUCAGCCUCUAUAUACUGGAACAUCAUUCAGCUCUUCCAAUUUGUACGUCAAGAGUGUGCAUCCUUGAUAGCCCAUCAGCCAUGUUGGUCUUUGCACAGCACAUACUUCCAAAGUGGGUGGACCCAGGACCUAUUUUGGGAGAAGAUUCAGGGAACAUAAGGAAUAAUGCCAUGGGUGCUAUAAACAUCAUGGUUUAAUGUCCCCAAUGUAAAAGAAAAUUCAAGGACUUGGGCCCUCUUGCUCUACUGGGUCAUGAGGGUCACAGAAAGAAUAGUGAGAGCUAUAAUUUUUUUUUUGCUCCACUGAUGUGAGGGACAAAGGAGUUUGCAUGCUUAACAUGUGAGAUCAUAUGAACCAGUUGAUCCAUGACAGUUGUGGUCCAGAAGUUCCUCUGUUUAAAAUGAAAUAAGGCAAGUUCCACUGUAAGUAGAAAUAACAACAGGAUAUUGCAAAACUCUGUAGAAGCCCGGUGUCCUAAAUUGUUAUUAGACAUGAUGUCUUUCAGGUAAUUUCCCACAGAUAUAACCAUCAGGUAAAUUGGAACAAAGCAGAUUAACCCAGAGACUGGAAUGAAAGAAGAAAUCCCUACCUGUGGAUCAAAGAUGCCUUUAUGGAUUACAUUAUUGCACCAACAGAGAUGUGAUAUAGAAUUAGGAGAAGAGAUAUGCAGUGUCCUUUCUUACCAUUUUGGCUAUAUUGGAUCCAGUUUAUGGCUGUCUUAGUGGUUUUACUUUGCCACUUAUCUUUAUAAUACCCAUUCUAUGCUAGUGGUUGUCUUACCCAUAAACUAGUGAACAUUUUUUUAAAAAAAAUUCCAGAGUUCAGUAGUGGGGUUCUUUUAGGGCUUACUAAAAAUUGCUAGAUUUCAGCAGCUGAUAAUGACUGAAAUCUGCUCGGUCCAGAUCCUCUGUUGACCCCCAACUGGUUGGUGAAAUUAUUUUCAGCUAGAAAUUCUUGGACUGAGGCUAGAAUUAUUGUAUAAAACUACCCAGCCCAUAUGCUGAAUGAUAUAAUCUCAGGGAGAAAUCCUGAACUAUUUACAAUGAACGAGAGUUCUAUUUUUCACUUUGCUUUUGCUGUGAAUUAUAUUCCCCAAAAUGUUACUUGCACAGCUAUAUGGUCUUCCAAUGCUCAAAAUAAAUUAAUUUCUUUGUCUUAGCACUAUACGGAGAUUUCUCUCGCCCUCCCUAUCCUUUUCAGAAUGAAAAGCUUCCAAAGGAGACAGUGGGAGGUAUCAUGGCCCAAAUACUGAAUGAGCAGAAUGUCUGUGCAUGUUGGUUGUAACCCAUCUUCUAUUUGUGCAUUGCUGACAGUAAAAGUGCAACUGGUGGAUAUUGUUUACUCUGCAGUUCUCUGUACUGCAUCUUUGUAAAAGCAUGGUGAAGCAUGUCAGAACAAUCUUGUCCUCACGUGUGUGAGUGGAAAGCAAGAAAACCUACAUCAUGCAAAUUGGUACUCCAUUGAGUAAAGAUGCAAUGUUUGCAAGAGAAAGAUAUCUGACAUAAAAGUCAGCUUUUUAGAUGGGCAAAACUGCUGAAUCUCAGCCCCAUAGAUUAGCUCUAAGUUGUAAUGGAAACAGUGACGAUCUUUUUUUAGGCAAUCUUCUGAAGACAUGAAGUAAGGCUGUUGAACAUGCAGUCUUAUUGCCCAAAUCAAAAUAUCAUCUACUUACCUAACUCUUACAGCCACCCGGCAUGUUUUCACCUAUCUAUAUUUCUUUCUCCAUUCAUAGCUCUUUUUAUUUGCAUGGCAAUGACUUUUAUCUCUUUUAUGCUACAAUAUAUUCUAUGUUGAUUGUUUGAUGUAAUAUGGUUUCUAUUGG